GUUCAAAAUAUAAUGGAUACGUUAAAUCUGCGAAUAAAGGUGCGCUUGAUUGGAGUUACAGCCUACACUAAAGCAAAUGAGCCUUCUUACAUCAAACAGAGUGAAAUUUCUGAUCAUAAAGAAGUUUUAUCUGCUAAUAAAUUACUGGGAAAUAUGAUCAAAUAUUUUUGUCAACACAAAGAUGAGAAAGAUUUUAAAAAAUAUAAAAAAGCUGAUAUAAUUAUGCUUAUAACUAGACGAGAAUUGGGUGAUGUAUCUCCGAAAGGAGAACUUUUUCGUGGCAUAGCAGGACUAGCAAAAUUAGGUGGUGCUUGCGAUCCUUGUGGUAAAUGCGCAGUUAUAACAGACGAUGAUAAUCCAGAUUACAGAGAUGAAACUAUAGCUCACGAAUCUGCCCAUUCAAUUGGCAGCCCGCACGAUGGAGAAGGCCCCGAAAGAAGUCUCCGCGGGAGUCCAGCAGCUAAGGAUUGUCCCGGAAGCGAUGGAUUUAUAAUGGGCGAUGAGAUCGGUGAAAAUAAAAGAAAAUUUUCUAAUUGCUCGCGCGAGAAUAUUAAAUAUUUCCUAAGUUUGCCGACUUCCCAAUGCGUUAUUCAAGAUUGCAAUAAANACGAAUUCUUAGAUGUCAUUUAUAUUUUGUGA